AGUGCUUUGUUUUUCACUGGAGGAAAGAAGUUCACAGCGUUAUUAAGUCCUAAAUAUUUGCCAGGUGUUGAGAGUUUUAGACAGCUUAUUGUCCGAGACGAAACUAAGAAGGCUUUUGAAGGCGCUCAGAUCAGGUGGGAAAGUGAGAAGGGCUGGUAUUGUGUUCCAAGUAUGUCAAGAAGGAGAGCUCCUGGCCUGGGCCUAUUGAUGGGCAUUUAGAACCCUCCCGGGGAUUAUUUCUAGCUGACGGCUGAAUAAGAGGCAAGAGUCACCCUCUUUUUGAGUUAAAUCACGUGCUUAAUUAAAAGUGAAGGUGGCGGCGGCCGCAGCGCCCUCCCCCUUCAGGCUGCUGUCUUCUUCUCGACGGUGUUCUGGCCACGUCCUGCGCCUUCUCGCGCACGGGAGAGCGCUCUGGGUAGAGGCCGGGCCCCGGCAGCAGGUGGCUCCAGGUAGCGCAGUGGCUUGGCCAUCUCCUCGCCCGGUCCGGAGCGGAGGGGACGGGUUCAGGUGCAGGCUCGGGGGACGCCCGGGCACCUCGGGGAUCCAGAGCCCGCUGGCGCCGCGCCCGGGAGGGCACCCCUGGCGAGGAUGAGGCCGCGCCUCCUCCCGGAACUGGCCGGCGCCGCGAGGCGGGAGGAGCAGCGGGAGCCGGGUGGCCGCGCCUCGGGGACCAUGGACGUCCUUCCCACCGGCGGGGGCCGCCCGGGGCUCCGGACGGAGCUGGAAUUCCACGGCGGCGGUGGCGAGACUAGGCUGGAGAGCCAGGAGGAAGAAGCGAUUCCUGCAGCGUCCCCAGCCCCGCCCCUCCGGGGAGCGGCGGAGCGGCCGCUGGGCUUCCGGGACUCGUGGGACGGCGACGAGGACACAGAGCCCGGCGAGGCGCGCGGCGUCCGUACUAGCCGCACGGCGUCCCUGGUGAGCGGGCUGCUCAACGAGCUGUACAGCUGCACAGAGGAGGAGGAGGCGGCGGGCGGGGGCCGCGGGGCUGAGGGCCGUCGGCGGCGCCGCGACAGCCUCGACAGCUCCACCGAGGCCUCGGGCUCAGACGUGGUCCUAGGCGGCCGCAGCGGCGCCGGCGACUCCCGCGUGCUACAGGAGCUGCAGGAGCGACCUAACCAGCGGCAUCAGAUGCUGUACCUGCGGCAGAAAGACACUAAUGAACUGAAGACUAUCCUUCGAGAGCUAAAGUACAGAAUUGGCAUCCAGUCGGCCAAGUUACUUCGGCAUCUGAAGCAGAAAGACAGGCUGCUGCACAAAGUACAGAGGAACUGUGAUAUUGUGACUGCCUGCUUGCAGGCUGUGUCACAGAAGAGAAGAGUUGAUACUAAGUUGAAAUUCACUCUUGAGCCAUCUUUAGGUCAAAAUGGUUUUCAGCAGUGGUACGAUGCUCUCAAGGCAGUUGCCAGGCUAUCCACAGGAAUACCAAAGGAAUGGAGGAGAAAGGUUUGGUUGACCUUGGCAGAUCAUUAUUUGCACAGUAUAGCCAUUGACUGGGACAAAACCAUGCGCUUCACUUUCAAUGAAAGGAGUAAUCCUGAUGAUGACUCCAUGGGAAUUCAGAUAGUCAAGGACCUUCACCGCACAGGCUGUAGUUCUUACUGCGGCCAGGAGGCUGAGCAGGACAGGGUUGUGUUGAAGCGGGUGCUACUGGCCUAUGCCCGAUGGAACAAAACUGUUGGGUAUUGCCAAGGCUUUAACAUCCUGGCUGCACUAAUUCUGGAAGUGAUGGAAGGCAAUGAAGGGGACGCCCUGAAAAUUAUGAUUUAUCUUAUUGAUAAGGUACUUCCCGAAAGCUAUUUUGUCAAUAAUCUCCGGGCAUUGUCUGUGGAUAUGGCUGUCUUCAGAGACCUUUUAAGAAUGAAGCUGCCGGAAUUAUCUCAGCACCUGGAUACUCUUCAGAGAACUGCAAACAAAGAAAGUGGAGGUGGAUAUGAGCCCCCACUUACAAAUGUCUUCACGAUGCAGUGGUUUCUGACUCUCUUUGCCACGUGCCUCCCUAAUCAGACUGUUUUAAAGAUCUGGGAUUCAGUCUUCUUUGAAGGUUCAGAAAUCAUCCUAAGGGUGUCGCUGGCUAUCUGGGCAAAAUUAGGAGAGCAGAUAGAAUGUUGUGAAACAGCAGAUGAAUUCUACAGCACCAUGGGGCGCCUUACCCAGGAGAUGCUAGAGAAUGAUCUUCUGCAAAGCCAUGAACUCAUGCAGACUGUUUAUUCCAUGGCUCCAUUCCCUUUCCCACAAUUGGCAGAGUUGAGGGAAAAAUACACCUACAACAUUACACCGUUCCCAGCCACAGUUAAACCCACCUCAGUUUCUGGACGACAUAGUAAGGCCAGAGACAGUGAUGAAGAGAAUGACCCAGACGAUGAGGAUGCUGUCGUUAAUGCAGUGGGGUGUCUUGGACCUUUUAGUGGGUUCCUGGCUCCUGAACUGCAGAAGUACCAAAAACAAAUUAAAGAGCCAAAUGAGGAGCAGAGUCUGAGAUCUAAUAACAUUGCAGAGCUGAGUCCAGGAGCAAUCAAUUCCUGUCGAAGUGAAUACCAUGCAGCUUUUAACAGUAUGAUGAUGGAACGCAUGACCACAGAUAUCAAUGCACUGAAGCGGCAGUACUCUCGAAUUAAAAAGAAGCAACAGCAGCAGGUUCAUCAGGUGUACAUCAGGGCAGACAAAGGGCCAGUGACCAGCAUUCUCCCGUCUCAGGUAAACAGUUCUCCAGUUAUAAACCACCUUCUUUUAGGAAAGAAGAUGAAAAUGACUAACAGAGCUGCCAAGAAUGCUGUCAUCCACAUUCCUGGUCACACAGGAGGGAAAAUGUCUCCUGUCCCCUACGAAGACCUUAAGACAAAGCUCAACUCCCCGUGGCGAACUCACAUCCGAGUCCACAAAAAGAACAUGCCAAGGACCAAGAGUCAUCCGGGCUGUGGGGACACCGUAGGGCUGAUAGACGAGCAGAACGAGGCCAGCAAGACCAACGGGCUGGGGGCAGCAGAGGCGUUCCCCUCUAGUUGUACAGCGACAGUUGGAAGAGAAGGCAGCAGCCCCGAAGGCAGUACCGGGAGGACGAUUGAGGGGCAGUCUCCGGAGCCGGUGUUCGGAGAUGCUGAUGUGGAUGUGUCUGCGGUUCAGGUGAAGUUGGGGGCCCUGGAACUGAACCAGAGGGAUGCCGCAGCUGAAACUGAGCCCAGGGUGCACCCACCCUGCCAGCGGCACUGCCCAGAACCGCCCAGUGCACCUGAAGAAAACAAAGCCACCAGCAAACCUCCCCAAGGCAGCAACUCAAAAACCCCCAUCUUUAGCCCUUUCCCCAGCGUCAAGCCCCUACGGAAAUCUGCUACUGCCAGGAACUUGGGAUUAUAUGGCCCUACAGAAAGAACCCCGACUGUGCACUUUCCUCAAAUGAGCAGGAGCUUCAGCAAACCCGGCAUUGGAAACAGUGGCACUAAGAAACGAUGAUGUCUCCCCGAAACGUUGUAUCUGAACUCACCUUUUCACAGUAGUAUAAGGGUUGCAGCUGAAUGGCUCUAAAAGAGUUUUAUUUGUCCAGUGAAAAUGAGUAGGUUCAGGGAUGAGCAACAGCCCAUAAAAAAUGGGAACUGGAAGUUUUAUAAUAGAAGUUAGAAACAGGGCUGUUUUCCCAUCUACUUGCUAACUGAUGAAGUGGAUUCUUGUGGCAAAAUAAAUAUUGUGGUUUUAUAGUGUGAAAUUUUCCCAAUUUUUCAUUGUGAGCUAUUUAAAAAAGACUAUAUAUCUAGACCGUUAACUCUCGUCCAUCCUUCUGUUCUGGGGGCCUUCAGAGUCCCUGUUACAGUGCCCCCAAACCUUCUAGUUCUCUGGGUAUUACUAAUAUUCAAGCAUGCACAUACCAGCUUGCUAGGACAGAAACUGUAAAAAGAAAGUAAGUUUCUUUGUUACAAAAAACUUCCUGAUUUUCCUUUUCAUGGUUUACGGAGGGGAUUGUGUCCUGUGAGAUUUCCUACAGUACCAGUCUCAAUUUUUUUUUUUUUAAAUUCUUAUGCUAAAUCAUAGGAGAAAAAUCUAGACAGCCUUUCUUUAACUGUCUAUUUCUACCUGCAAAAUGAAGAAAACCUUUUAUCUCUUGAAAUUUCGGUCGAUAACCCAGCUGAAGAUCUUAUGCACAGGACACACUUGGCAUAUGCUUUAAGCAGUUGCUCCGGACAGCUUGCUCGCGCCACUGAGCUUUUCCUGAGGUUUGUGUUCUCCUCUUGAGGAGCGCUUUCAUCCUCAGUGGUACGGAUGACUUGAUGGGCUCCACACAGAGCCUCGCCUGCAUCCCCUACCACACAGCUCACUAACCCACCAGCUCUCGACUGCAGACGCACAAGGCCUCUGUUCAGAAGCCAGAACACAGCACCUGUGACUCUGUUACUUGAAUUUUGUGCUUUUUGAUUGGAGUCCUUUGUUGAGUACUUUGUUACUUGAACACUGCCUUUCUCUGGAGAAGGCCCCAGUGCUUUCUAGCUCCCUCUCACUCCUGCCCUUUCUAGCUCUCUCUCACCCAGCGGGUCAGGGAUAGCACCUCUUGUCUCCACUAUGCAGAUGGGAACUCUGAGCCACACAGAGGUGAAGUAGCACUUCAGUUACUCAAGGUCAGUACUCCCGGUAUUCCAAGUGACUUAGCCACAUUUCCUUCAGUGCAAUAGGCGGGUUUAAUGCUCUUUGUACACAGAUGCAUUGGCUACAUAGCUUGUAAAAACCAAGACUGGGAAGCCAUUCACUAAAAUCCCUCCUGACUCAAAGGACCUGUCUCCAGAUGGUACAGAGUCCCUUGAUGGCGUUUUACAAAACCAGCUCUGACUUCCUUAUCCUGAACAGGGAGUUCAUCUUAAGAAUGCUUCAUGCACCUGUUAUUUGGCUGAGCAAAAGGCUCACUCCUCAAUCCCUUCUCCCUGCCAUCAUUAGAGGAAUAGACUCAGCCUUCAUGUUUGUCUCUGGAAGACUAUUGGCAAUACUUUCAGGAAUAUUGUUGAUGCAGCCAAUAUUGAUUUGAGCGAAUGGAUUGUUAAUUCUGAAACGAAAACUGUAAUUGUAGAGCAGGCUUUUACUAUGAGAGGUACUAAUUUUUUUAAUAGAGAAUGUGGUUGUGUGGGCUUUUUUUGAACAGAAAACACACAAUGACCUAUACCGUGAGAAAAGCUAUUUUAUCCUCUUCGUGGUAUUUUUACCCCCAAAGGAACUGAAGAUGGAAAAUAUGACUAAGAAGUUAUUACAGUUUUGGUCUUGAAUUCUGUGCCAUCUGAAGUUAGCAUCCAGCUUCUUAAAAAGCAGCCAUGCCCACAGCCUGCUUUUUGGGAAGGGUGUAGGUGGAGAGAUGGGCUUAUUUUGCAUACCACCCUCAGGGCCCAGAGACCCACUGCAUUUUCCAAAGUUAAGCAAAUGACACCAUUUUCUUCUAUCAGCUAAACUUUACAGAUAAGACUGAUUCCACCUCAUAUCCUUUUCUUUGCCCCUUCCCAAAUGAGUCAGAAUAGUCAUGUUCCCCUUGAGGGAUGUCUGACUUGAAUGGAGAAUUGUUCUUUCCUCUCUUGAAUCAGCUCACUAGCUCCCUGAUGGUCUGGGUUCAAGGAGUUGGUUAAUGAGGUAGAGGCCACUUAUUCAAGUCCUUGGGAUUGCACCAUUGCUGUCCACAAACAGUAUCAACAACACAUGCUGUGCCCUGUGAACACUCUCCUCUCACCUGUUUCCAGGGUUAGUCUUCCUGAGAAGGGGAUGGAUGAGAUAACACACAGUUUGGGAUAUGUAUCUGUUGAAUGAAUGAAUAACUGAAAGGAUAAUAAUAGUCCUCUGAGACAAAAAUGGCCUUGUCAGAUUUUUUAAAAUCCAGCAGAUUCCUGUUAAAGCACUCUGUGUACCAAUAACAUGCAUGCAUUGUACCAAGUAAUCACAAUGUGAAUUGGUCAGUUAAUGAGCCUUGCCUACUUUAGAAAAUAAAGAAACCUGCAGUAGCCUCUACCACACAGCAUGUACAAAGACCAGUAUGGACUUGCUCUCUUCCCUAUGUAUUGGACACUGUAUGCAAACACCAGAAGUACUUAACAAGUAGUGGUUUCUUGAUUUUUAGAUAUGUCUGUAGCCUCUUAGCACUUUUGCUGGGAAUCAACUCAUUUUGAUGCCUCUGCACCUCAGUUCCUCUUACAAAAGCCUCCAGAUGAUCUAAAUCUAGUUAGCAAUGUCAGCCUAUGGACUGCAACGGUUUGGGACAUUGUAUUCCUUUGUUUGUCUCUUGUUCUGAAGGAUUGUAUUGAUCACAAAGUUGUAUGCAUAAAGAUUCUCAUUGUUGUAA